AGGUCCCUCCCGACCACGCACAGUCAGUCAGUCGCAUCUCGGCGGUUUUAUCGUAUAGGCACACGGAGCACGAGCCGAUCUUUUCUAUAUUCCGAUCACGUAUUCGUUUGUGUGUGUUUUUGUUUGUUUGUUUUUUUUUUAAUUAAAUAAAAAAAAACGCUUUUCUGGAAUAUUAAGGAGUUUUUUGACCUGGAAUAUGGGCGUCUGGAUAAAGUUAACUUAAUACUUAAAUUUAUUCCACUAUAAAGCGAUACCGAAUGACGUGUUAGCUAUGACGUCACCAUGACGUCACCGGCCCCCACCAGAAGCCCGACCCGUUCCCGAAGUCAAACGAGUCGACGCCCGAGGGCGUCCGUGCAUUCGGAUUGUCCACCCGAGGCGGAUACGGAACCACCCGAGGAUAAAACCUCCAAUUUGGGACAGAGAAGUGUCUCAUUGACCACCCUACAACCCACUGUUCAGCCGAGGAUGUCGCAGCUAGAAACGUUGGAAGCAAAGAUGGCCAGUAUCGAAGUGUCACUGUCAAACGUCCCGAGAAGGAAAAAGUUAAACACCGGAGCAUUGAACUCCUCCAUACGAUCGAUCCCGAAGGAACUUGCCGCAAAAGAACUGGAAAAUCUGCGAAACGCUUUGAAGGAUAAAGAGAAUAUUAUCCAGAGUCUCCGGGGUCAAUUGACUGUUCCUGGAUUGCGGCUGAACUCUAUUAUUAAUGGUAGUAACAAUAAUAGUAGUAGUAGUAGCGGCAAUGGUACGAACAACAAUAGGGAGCUCACUGAGGUGGAAAGGAAACAAGCUGAAGACAGAUUGGCCAGAUUAAAGACUGAUAUUGACAAUAAGAGGUUAGCGAUUAAGAAUUUGAAGAUGGCUUUGGAGAGGCUCGAUAUUACUGAUAAUAUAGACGUACGAAUCCAACAAGCCGAACUUGAAUACCAACUAGGGCGUGAAGAACUGAACCUACUCACCCUUCUGGAAGAGACUAGGGCCCUUCAAUUGUGCAUUGAAGAGUCUAAUAAGUCCUCAGCAGAAAAUAACACAUUGUACAGUUGUAUAGAUGGAUCGUCACCUGGAUAUGUGAUAUUACAUGCAAUAGCAACGGACUAUGACCCGCAAAGUCCGAAAUUCGGUGCGGGACAAAAGGACAAUAGGCCCGGACUGUGGAUCGAUUGGGCUUUAGACGAAACCGGACUAUUAAAGGGAGAUAGACUGAUCGAAGUCAAUGGCAAAAUAGUCUUGACUAAAACAAGGGACGAUCUCACAAGACUACUUGCCGCAGCCCCAGAUCCGGCCCAACUAGUCGUACUGCGCCCCCUAGCUGAGAAUUUCAACGAUUCCUCUUCAUCCAAAAGUCCCUCAGUCCAAGAGAUCAUCAACCUGAGGUCAGAAUUGAAACAUCUCCAAGACCUCAACGAAGACUCCCAGAGAGUCAAGGACGAACUGAAAAGCGAUAACAUCAGACUGACCCAUCGGAUUUCUUAUCUGGAAGAGCAGGUCUCGGAACUCUUGGGCAAGAAACCCGAACUAGAACCUCGCGUCACCUCACCCCCGAUCCCGUUAAUCUCAAAGUCCAACCAGAACGUCACCAACAUCAACAUAACCUCACAACACUCGCCGGUGUCCACUCAUUCCAGUCAUAGUGGUGAGGUCCAGUUGUUCCAGAAGGGACCCCAAGUCACUACACUGGUGACCACAGAGAAGGAGGGAAUUGCCUCGAUAAGGUCUAGAAGUAGCAUGUCGAAUGUGUCCAAUACUCUUAUAGCACCCAGUCCAGAGUACCAUAAGCACAGGCAUAAGUCGAACGGUAUGAGGAACGGUGCGGUCAGAGAGGGUUAUGAGGUGGAGAAAAUGCCUGGAUUAGACAAGGUGCCAUACAGAAAGCACCAUCACCACCACCACCCCAGAGACGAGAAACUGGACUACAGCUCGGAAACCAACUCGAACGGUCCACGUCGUAGAAACAUCGAGCAUCGAUACUCGGCCGACUUCACCAAGACCAACUCGGAAAAGGAUUUCCGUAACGGAUCUGGAGACCUGGUGGACCAAAGCUACAAGAAAGCCACCAAGAUCAUCCAGGAACUGACCCGAUCCAAAGACAACACCGGGGCAACUUUAUACGAAAAACAUCGGCAACGUUGCAUAACCGCUUCGGAGAAAUACAACGCCGACAUACUGAAGCAUUAUAAUGCCAGGAAGUCUACUUCGGUGCUAGACUUCCGGUCGGAAGUCCACAUCGGCCCGAAGUACUGCGAGUCCAAAAGUGUGGAAGACCUCGAUGAGAGUCCUUCAAAAGCCGUGAACAAAUUGUACAAAAAAAUCCAGAGCUCCAGAAGUGUUAAGUCUUUGGAUUUUGAUAGCGAUUGCAAUUCCACUUCAACCAGAAAUGGUGGAGGCGGUUACAAGAGCACCGAUUAUAACUCUGAAGCAGAUUAUAAUCAAGGUAGAAAACAUACUUAUUACGAGCAUAGUAACAGCACUUCAAAACCAAGACCGCCUAAGAAACCUUUAAGGUUAUCCUUGCAUAAGACUCACAGCAUGCAAUCCAUGAUGGAUCCAGUAAAUGGAAAAGGCAACAGUAGUGAGUCCAGCAGGAAAAGAAACUAUAAAGGAAGCCACACCCAAAUUGAUCCUAAUAGGGAGAACAGUAAUGACUUCAAGGAGCAAGUUAUGUGGAACUGUUAUAGGAGAACUCUGGAUAAUGGGAUAGAGCAAGGGACUUGGUGUUAGUUUUUUAAAGAUAUUAUUUAAUUGUGCCUAUAUUGCCGACUUGAUUUGUAUAUAUUAUAAAUGUGGAAUAGUUA